AUGCCCCGAAUCUCUAUAUCUAUGCUUAAGUGUGUUGGUACUUCUGCAAAUGAGACCAUGGCCAUGCUUUCUCUUGAUCUCUACAAAGCACAUCAAAGAAAUCAGAAGUUGCUACUUCAAGAGCAAGAGGGUCGUUGCCAGUUGACAAAGAAGCUUUCAGCUGAACAGGAAAAGAGUAAACAUUUUCAGAAACAACUUGAUGGGCUACAUUAUCCAAAAAGACACAAGUCUCAUGACCAAUUAACUUCAGAUACUUUAUCUGCUACCAAUCCCAGUGAUGUGUCAGAUGUACAAAUUGAUCAGAAUCCAAGCCCCAUGAAAGCAUCUAAACGUGUGGUGCCAGCUCAUCGCAGAUCAAAGGUAAGAGGGGCUCUUCUACGAGAUACUGAUGAAGAUGAUUAGAUCAGAUCAUAUAUAAAUUAGAAAUAUUGGUUUAUAAUUUGUAAAUGUUGUGUGAGGUGUU